AUGUCCGACGCAUUCUACACCUCGUCCGCGCACGCAUUUGAAGACGUCGAGGUCGGUGCGCCCGCCGAAGCCGGCCCGUCGUCAAUGGGCGACGCCACGUCCUCGCUGGACACAGCGUUCGACAUCAGCAACACGGCCCAGCUUAUCCUUGACGGCGGCUUCAAGACUAUCGGACUGCAGUUUCCGGACGAGCUCCUCCCUUCCUCUGUCGCCGUAUAUCGCGCGUUGCAGGCGCGCAUUGCGCCAACCGGCGCACAAGCCUACGUCCUCGCUGACAGCACGUAUGGCGCGUGCUGUCCCGACAUCCUCAGCUGUCUCCAUCUGCCGGCUGACCUGCUCGUGCACUACGGGCAUGCGUGCUUGACACCAACCGACGCAAUCCCGGUUCACUACGUCUUCCCACGACAGACGCUCGACGUGUCUGCUGCCGCUGAUGCGCUGAAGGGCGCGGCGGCGUCCGAGUUCCAAGGCGAGGACGCGAAGCGCGGCGCCCUCGUUGUAUGGGACGUCGGGUACGACUGGUUAGCCAACGAGAUCCAGAGCGCCUUCAGUGACUGGCCCGUGCCGGUGUCGUUCGCAACGAUCGAGCGACCUAGUCUGGUACGCGCCAGCGAAGCGAGCAAGACGCCAUCGGGAUGCUGCAAGACAAAGUCGAAGACGGACGCGCCAAGUCUUUGUUGCGCCGAGGCGCCAUCGACCAGUGGAGAUGCGGCGUCCGGCUGCUCUACGAGCGGGCCCAACGACACCUGCUGCUCCUCUACGUCUGGGCCCGACACCUGUUCCUCACCAUCCAUCCCCACAGCGAGCAAGGACAAGGCACCCGCUCUUCGCCGCCUCACUCCCCCUCCCGGCGUGGACAUGGCCUCCACCGUCCUCCUUUACCUCGGGUCUGAGGGUCGUUCCCUCCUGAACCUGCAGAUGAACCACGCCACCAACCCCGUUUACGCUUUCAACGCAGACUGCGGCGCUUGGGCCGUACACCCCACCUCGUCGCGCCUUCUCAGCCGCCGCCUGUUCGCCCUGCACUCCGCAAUGGCCGCCGACGUCUUCGGGCUCGUCGUCGGCAACGUCGGCCUCGCCUCCUCUCGUGCUCUGGUCGCUGAGCUUCGUGAAGCCCUCAAACUGGCCAAGAAGAAGAGCUACACCCUCUCGGUGGGCCGGCUUAACCCGGCCAAGCUGGCCAACUUUGCCGAGAUCGAGUGUUUCGUGCUUGUCGGAUGUGGAGAGGGUGGGGUCGUGGAUUCCAAGGACUUCUUACGACCCAUCAUCACGCCAUGGGAGCUUACUCUCGCUUUGAAGGGCAAGGCUGGGGUGUGGGAUCCUUCCGCUUGGACGCUGGAUUUGGAUGCUGCGCUCGACGAGGCAACCGCCGUUGUUGCUAGCGAGCGCGCCACAACUGGUGAGGCCGAUGACAGCGAUAACGAGAGCGAACUCGAGUUCUCACUCGUCACGGGGACGUAUCGCACACGCAAGACCUUUGGCGCCGCCGAAGAGGAGACGCGCGAGGGUGGCACCGAUGUCGCCCUGCGUAACGACAACAUGUCGCUCGCUAAGCUCGAGUCGGCCGGCUCCAUGUUCCUGCAGACCCGCACGUUCCAGGGUCUCGAGCCGCGGUACGGCCUCGACGAGCCGGCAAUGCUGGAGCAGGGCCGCACAGGCGUCGCGCGCGGUUACACCGAGGAGAAGAAGUAG